GUUCCAACCUAAUACAGUAAUGACGAUCACGAUAAAACUUGAAGGCAACACAUAAUUUCAUAAACUUUCAGCUGGGGUUGUACCGUGAGGAAGGUACCAUGUCGGCACUUUUUAAAGCUAGAAAAGUUAUAGACUUCUGUCUCCAUGGCAGCCGCAGUCUGUCCCAGCUGGCCGAGUUGCCGGAGACGCAUCAGUUACUGAGGCAGACCUGCAGAGACUUUGCAGACAGAGAACUGGCCCCCAUUGCUGCCAAGCUCGAUAAGGAGCAUUUUUACCCUGCUAAGCAGGUAAAGGAGCUGGGGGCGAUGGGUGUGAUGGCCAUGGAGGUGCCAGAGGAGCUGGGUGGAGCGGGGAUGGACUACCUGGCUUACAGCCUGGCCGUGGAGGAAAUCAGCCGAGGCUGCGCCAGCACGGGCGUGGUGGUCUCCGUUAACAACUCUCUGUACAUCGGGCCCAUCCUGAAGUUUGGCACAGAGGAACAGAAGAAGCAGUGGAUCAGCCCGUUCACUGCUGGAGACAAGGUGGGCUGCUUCGCCCUCAGCGAGCCAGGAAACGGGAGCGAUGCGGGCGCUGCCUCCACCACCGCCCAUCAGGACGGAGAGGAGUGGGUGCUGAACGGAACCAAAGCCUGGAUCACCAACUGCUGGGACGCCUCGGCUACGGUCGUGUUCGCCACCACGGACAAGAAGCUCAAACACAAGGGAAUCAGUGCCUUCCUGAUCCCCAUGCCGCACCCCGGACUCUCUCUGGGAAAAAAGGAGGACAAGCUGGGCAUCAAGGCCUCGUCCACCGCAAACAUCAUCCUGGAGGACUGCAAGAUCCCACUGAACAACAUGCUGGGGCCCCGCGGCGCCGGCUUCAAAAUCGCUAUGCAAACCCUGGACAGCGGGCGGAUCGGCAUCGCGUCCCAGGCUCUCGGCAUCGCUCAGGCGUCACUGGACUGCGCCGCCGACUACGCACACAAGAGGACCGCCUUCGGAGCGCCCAUUGGCAAGCUGCAAGCCAUCCAGUUUAAACUGGCUGACAUGGGCGUGGCCAUAGAGAGCGCCCGCCUGCUCACCUGGAAAGCUUCACUCCUCCGAGACGCGAAGAAAGCCUUCACCAAGGAAGCAGCCAUGGCCAAACUUGCGGCGUCUGAGGCCGCCACUUUCUGCUCCCAUCAGGCCAUCCAGAUCCUGGGCGGGAUGGGCUACGUGACGGACAUGCCCGCCGAGAGACACUACCGCGACGCCCGCAUCACAGAGAUCUACGAGGGCACCAGUGAGAUCCAGAGGCUGGUCAUCGCCGGUCAGAUCCUGAAGGAAUACCAGUCAUAGGAGCCCUUCUGCACUAAAUGGACACUUUAUCCUGGAUGAAAUACAGUUUUCUAUUUUUUGUUUUGUUUGUUUGUUUUCCCAACGGUAAAGGCCUUUUUGUUGAUGUUAGCUGAGGCUUGAAGAGAAGAUUCAGGUGGUUUUAAACCAGCAAGAUAUUCUGGCAUUGAUUGAAAUACACUGGAAAUGAAAUAAGAGCUUAACUGGCCAGUUAAAAUAUUUAACUGGCCAAAAUAUUUAAAAUCAGGGCAUCUUUUCUCCAAACCUCAUAUUCUAAGUGCAGAGGUUUCUGGGUUUAUGUUGACGUUUUGUUCCAAACCAUUCCCAGAAUCCUUUUCUUUUCACCGCUCAUCAUGUGCCAUUCAGAGGUCCGACCACCAGGUGGCGACAGAGAGUCAUCGUGCGUCUUGACCCAUUUCUGCAUCCUAACAUCAGGAGCGGUUGUGUAAUAGGAACACUGUGAUCACACUUGCAGAUCAUCAGAAUGUUUAGUUCUCUGCUGCGAUAAAGACGCUCUAAUUGAAACAGUUUUGAUUCAUUAUCUGAAGGUGUGUGUGAUGACACACCGUGUGUUUGCCUCACACGCCUUUCAGCGCUCAGCAUUUACAUAUUUGAUUGUAAUUUAUUAUGUGCAGGUGUUAAUAAAAACGCAGCGGUUUGAGAUUGGAACGAUGGUGGGAAGAAGCAGCUCCAGUCUGUGUGUGUGUGUUGGGGUGUGUGUGUGUGUGUGUGUUUACUCCUUUCCUCUCCGUUACUCCAUGUGAAGGCUCUGACUGCUGAUCUAGGCCAAGAUUCCGGAUGCUGGAAUGGCUCCCUGCUGAUUGUGCUGACGAUAGGGAGCAUUGUUCACUGCAGCCGCGCUGCUUGUUUACCGCGUGUGAAACGCCGACCUGAUUACCCGAACCUCAGUUUAAUAGUCCUAUUUAUUUCCCUUAUUUCACAUACAAACAGGAGAUUUUACACCAGCGCUUAUGGGGGGCCAAGUUCCUGAAGGUUUCCUCUAGCUAACAGGGUGUGGUAGGGGAUUUCUUUAGGUCUUCACACACAUGCUAUCCCAAGAACUUCAUCUUUAAAGUUCUUGCACACUCUUAAAGUGACACUUUGCUGAAGCAACUUUUGAUCCAUUAUUAGGUGAGUCAGUUUAACAGACUGCUGAAAGCCUCCGUUUAUGACAUGCAGACGUAUGAAAGGCUCUUAGAUUUACAGUUUGACAGACUUUGUGUGACGUUCCCAGGACAUGCUCAACACAAUGAAACAUGAAAAUGACAGAAAAAAUGAAAAAGAUAUAAAAUUUUAUUUGGAUGUUGUUGAUUUUGGCUUAAACUCAGUUUGGAGCAGUUAGUUGGAGAACGUGUUAGGCUCUAGAACCGCUUCUAAAUAAAAAAUUUAAUUGGUU